AUGUCUUUAGAUUCAGCCUCCAUUGGCUCCAAGCGCCUCUCUGGCCGAGUUCCAUCUGAUCAGAAAUGCUUGCUGAAGAGUCAAGGUUCAUGGGCAGCGGACCUAGGCAACCAGCCUUGCAGCCCGACACAUAUUCCCGGUCAUAUUACAGAAGCAGCCAAAUCAGCGCAUCGUACCCAAGAGGAGGAGUCUGAAGUUCAAACUAUACAAUCAAAGAAACGCAGGGCUACUAGUCCUAUGUCACCAACCGGCAGUAAGCGCGUCCAGAAUAACGAUGCGACUGCUCCAAAGUCCAACUCCGACGGACUACCGCAAUCGUCACCUGGGGAAUCAAUACCAUGGAGUUGCAAUCCAGCACGCGAGCAGCCUGGGCUGGUGGCCUCUGAAUGUACAGCAACCAGCAUGGCCAAUCAAUCGCCCCUGGACGUGGCGGGAGGAUCGGGUCUGCGACAGGGACAACAUCCUUCAAUAUCUGCAUCCCCAGACCUGCCGUCAUCAGAAUCCGAAUAUAGGAUGGAAACAAAAAUCCCGGAUGCCCGACCUCUUCUCGACACCUGUAUUCGUCGAGAGGUAGCUCAUUCUAGCCAGUCAAUGCCAUCUCCGCUUUCUACGAAACAACCUAGAACCACACCACCAUGCGCCCAGCUGAUCAAUUAUACAAAGUCGUCAGGCCAUGACGCAGGCGCUCGAGACGGAAUGUCUUCGAAUGUGAAAAAAAGAGCGGAAGGAUGCGAAAACCUGCUUCCCUCCGAGAAAAUCGACGUUGAUGGCUCGGAUGAAGAAAUGAUGAAAGAUUUCCCCGGGAAGGAUCAUCUGCGACAUACGACAAUGGCCCCGGCAAGCGGUAGCCCAGCACCGACGUCAUCAUCAGAAUCUUUGAUGCCCGUUGUAUACGAUAUACCUCUGAUGCAGGAUAUCGUCAGAGGGUCAACUCAGGUUAACGAAACGGGUACGCCCUCAGCAGCCAUGAGAGAUAUCAUGGGGAGAUCCCCCAGCUAUCCACUGAUGUCUGCUGCAAAUCCCGACCCUCUUGCUGAUGCCGAAACUGGUUCCUGCCAGGAUAAACUGUCCGUAAGACGAGAUCAAGAACGACAGAUCAAAGCGCAUCAGAUACAACGACCGUCCACGAUGACACUGAACAGUCCGCCAAGACGAACCGCCUCAACAAGUUCUCGCCAGCCUUCGGCGACGAAUAGGAUACCUACACGUCUGCCCUCGCCUGCUCAGCCAUGCAUAGCCCCAGGAGCUCAUUGUGAACCGUUUGAAACGUUUGUGCAAUAUUACCCUGAGUAUGCAAGUGGUGACGGUGGCCAGGUGGCCGCGGCUACCAAGUCCGACUUCAUGACUGCAUGCGUCUAUCUGAACUACCUUCGUUCAAGGAAUAAACUGCAGGAGGGUUUGUAUGAUGAAUUUAUCCGAACCUUCCCACGGUACUAUAAUAAGUACCUGGACAAGUGUCGGACACAAGGCAGGAAACCCCUUAUUGCCGUUGCAUGGUUUAAUAAGCAGACAGGCCCCCUGAUAUUCGACAAGUAUUUGGUUUACAGAAGGAACCUAAGCCACAUUUUGAGGAUGUACCCUUAUGAGUUUGAAAUGAUUAAGGAGAAGCUUGAAGAUGGAGGAGGUGGCGAUGUGGUAAUUUACACGAGCUCGGAGGAUGAGGGUGACAUUAGCGAAGGGCAAGGGACUGCAAGUCCGGUUUCGGUGCAGCGAGGUGAAAAGGCCCCAGAAGCCUCGCCUCCUAUUGCGUCCUUGGAGAGUCAACCGGGAAAGACACUUUCACAAGUCUUCGCGGCCACAAGAUUCUAUUACGCAAGCGCCUCCCCUGCAUUUACCAAAAACCCAAGGAGAAUCAGUGCCACCGCCAUCGUCGAUACCAGAACCAACGCCGGUGACGAAGGAUCCGAGAUGGGGGCGUUAUUUCAAGAGCCUUGCCGCGAGGAGCCGCGCUCCUCCCGCAAGUGGUGA